AUGGGAAGAUCAUUGAUCGCAAAACGUCCAUAUACAUAUUUAAGGUACCCCAGGUUGUCAGCAACAGAAAUGUCAGUGACAGCAACAAACAUUAACAACGACAAUCAGCUCAAUGUUAGCCUUGAUAUUGGUGGUGUUGCAGACUAUGACAACAUGGGCGAGGAAACCGCUAUGAUUGCCGAUAACGACAGCAUUUCCAGUGCUGAGGCCACUGAGAAUUAUAGUCGUUCGUCAAUAAUCGCAAUACUCAAGUCUUUGUAUUACCAAAAUGUUCAGACAAAGAGUUUAUUUGAUUAUGGGUUUCAUACGACGCGCCAAAUCUAUGAUGAUCUGACAACUCACUUGCCUCGAUUACAUAGUUUGGUUACCUUUGAAACUUUUAGCAAAUGGAUCACAGACGCUGAGUUUGGUCCGAGAGUGUCCGCGCGUAAAAAUGGCAAGCCAGUCAAAGGCCGCCAACUCUACAAGGUGAGGGAAAGUGCAGCGGGUGUCCUCACUGAGACAUCGUCGGCUCUACGCCAAGAGCUGAAUAAUCGUGGCGAGAAUUGGGCCUUGGUUGGCUAUGUGCGGAAGUCAAUCACUAAAGAAUCGGACGAAAACACUGUGAAUCAUAAUAACACUUGUACACGUCAUCUUGUACGCAUAUGUAAUGCUGCAUUAUUACUGGUUGAGAAAUUCAGAUUACUGCAAUUGAUGAUCAACAAAUUGCAGAAUCGUUGUUUUUGCUCCCGAAUCUACGCUUCGCCCAACAGUCCAGCAUCCAAGGCUAUCAUGGAAAGGGACUUCGACAUGUCGGAGAGAAACGCCAGCAUAAUCGAUAGCCUAGCUGGCUGUGACGGCAACGCACAGGAUAUGCUACAUUUUUUAACGCACACCACUAAGCGUAUCCAGCUCUGCGUCAUUUCGUAUGCCGGACUAUCUACUAGACCAGAUGACGUGGAAUGCUUUCUUCGCGCGUGCAAGAUGGUCAAGAGCGUGACAAUUGAUCAUGAUUCACACAUUGAAUCAAUCGAUAGAUACGCCUUGUUGCAUGGGAGCAAAGAGAAGCUCGAGAAAUUCAAGUCUCGAAACGGCUGUAUCAAGCGCUCCAAGUGA